GCCACGACAGCAGUGCCACGUCAGCAACCAGUCACCGCAGCAGCAGGUCAUGUCAGUGCAUGGUGCUCACCCACUCAAAGAUAAGCGGAAUGGAUCAGCAGCCAAGAGAGACUACCGAGGCCUAUGCGGCCCGCAUGCUGGACAUGGUAGCAGAAUUCAAGCAACGGGCAGCUGCGGCAACAUCCGCACGUAAGAAGGAAGAUAAGGAAGCAGAGGAACAAUGUCACCUCGCUGAACAGCAGCAACAGGCGGACGCUGAGGCAGAAAGGAAGGCCGUAGACGAACGCAGUCGACUACGCCGAGACAAACUCCUCGAAUGUGAAGGGGAUAUCAAGCAAGAGGACAUCCUCUGCGUGGACACCCUGGUCCGGAAGCAGAUUCGAAUUAUUGAUGAACUGCUUGACCGGGUACGCCGGCUGGAACAACAACUUGCAACAACCACCCCCGCCGGACCCUCCAACUUGACGGACCGUGUCAAGGUCUUGGAAAUCGACGUCGAGACGCUCAAGGACGACACUCUAGCGACAAAUCAGCGGAUUGACCAGCAGAUUUGUGCCACCGCAGCCAGUCCGACCGCGACUACUCGCGAGAGCAUCCCAAAGUUUGACGGGCUGCCGAUCUUCUGCAAUGCAACGAAGACAUACCAGAUCCCAUGGUGGCGGCAGUUCGAGUUGAAGUUGGACAUUCAACACGUCAUCAACCCGAACCGACACACAUACUUAUACUCCCGCUCAGGGGCCGCGUGCCAGGCAUGGCUGGACAACAUGUUGUCCACGCACAACGUCACAGUCUCCGAGCUGCAUACGAAGAUCAGCUGGGCUGAUCUCAAGGCAGCAUGGCAUAAGCGGUUCCAAGUGGAGCCGCCCGAGCUUCAGGCAGCCAAGAAACUUCAACGGUUCUAUCAGAACGACCUGCCAAGCACGGACUGGAUCACCGAGUACCAACACUUGGCAUCCACGCCCAACUUGCCGUCGACAUUUGUCGCUAUCAAGCACUUCUUUAUCAGAAGGAGCUGCCCGGCGUUGCAGAACGCCUUGACGCAAGUUGCGGAAACGCUCGCCACAAGUGAGCAGCUUUUUGAUAAAGCCUCGCAGAUCAUUGUGAAGAACAUUGAAGCCAAGAAUUUGGGCUAUUCAUCUGUUGCAGGUCAGGGCAGAGGACAGCAUCAGCCGAAAGUGGCCGUGGUCGCAGCAACUACAGCGACCGACACUUCAAACGAGGCUGCCUCUUUCGAGGAAGGAGACAGAUUGGCAGCCGCCCGAGAUGGUGGCCGCCCCGCCAGAGGGCGAGGACGCGGCAAACCGAAGACACACACCAAUUCAGCCCUCGGGGCCGGACCAGCGGCUCAAGAGCCUUGGACACAUUACGGUAUCUCGGAAGGCGUAUACCGCAUCCGUGCUAAGUACCGAUACUUCUUGUGGUGCAACAGCGCGGUGCACGACACCGCGACGUGCCCCACGCUAGUCAAAGGCGAAUUCCCUUCGGGAAACUGCGGUGGGAACAUCCUUGCGUAUGUUACCAAGGUGGCCCGCGAGUUUCGCAUCCAGCGGUACGAUGCUAACAACGCACCACUCCUUUAUGUCCGCAUCCAAGUUGGGCAAGCAUCCUGCAACGCUUUGCUAGAUAGCGGCGCGACUCGCAAUUUCAUCAGCCAGUCCUUUAUCCAAAGGGCCGGCCUUGGCGCUCAAGUUCGAAGGAAGCCAAACCCGACGGCGAUCAAGUUGGCGGACGGUCGGACGCAACAACUCCUCGAUCGCUACAUUGAAGUUGUACCGGUUUAUUUCGCACCUCAUGCAUGCGAACCGGUGAUGUUUGACGUCUUAGACACGGACUUCGACAUUAUUUUGGGGAUGCCUUGGUUUGCAAGUGCGGAUCACACGGUUAACGUCCAUCAGCGGACACUUGCCGUUCGCGACGCCUUCAGCACCGAGAUGCAGUGUACCAUUCCGCUUCCGCACUCCUCGAUCCGGUGCCAAGUUGUAAUGGCCAAGUCUUUUCAGGCCACUUGCGCUUACGAGCGAACCGACGAGAUAGGCCUAUGUUUUCUACGAGCCACCGCGACGACCGAAUCUUCACCUACGGACUUGUCUUCGGACCCCCGAGUGGUGCGGCUGCUCGACGAGUUCACCGACAUCUUCGAGUCUCCUACCGAUGUGGUGCCGGAUCGGCUGAUCUCCCACGAGAUCAUUCUUGAGGCCGGUGUCGUGCCACCGAAAGGAUGCAUCUAUCGCAUGAGCCAGGAAGAGCUCGAGGCUCUCCACGCGCAACUCGAUGAUCUGUUGGACAAGGGCUGAAUCCGCCCUCGUAGCUAACCAUACGGCGCGCAAGUUCUCUUCGUAUGAAAGAAGAACAAGGAUCUUUGCUUGUGCAUCGACUAC